GCACAAUGAAUAUUCAUGAGGUGUCCCGGUGUCCUCCGCCUCGGCGUGUCGUUUCCCGAUACAAAGGCCGCAGCUCGGCUUCCGGUGCAGGGAGACGACAUGGCGUUGCUGAGGCGCGCGUGCACGCUCGUGGUGCAGCUCGUGACGAUUCCGCUGGUGAUCGCGGACGCGCUCGGGCUUUACAAAUUCUACAAGCGCUUCUUCCCGAUCCUCAUGUACCGGGUCUCCGUUAACUACAACGAGCAGAUGAAGGAGCAGAAGCGCGAGCUGUUCCGCGCCAUGGCCCAGUUCAGUCCGCCGCGCGGGCCUGUGCGCGUGCUGGAGAUCGGCUGCGGCACCGGAACCAACUUCGAGUUCUAUCCCGCAGGCUGCAGGAUCACGUGCACCGACCCGAACCCGCACUUCCAGCACUACCUGCAGAAGAGCAUGGACCUCAGCAAGCACCUGGAGUACGAAAGGUUCCUGGUGGCGCCUGCGGAGGACCUGCGGCAGGUGCAGGACGCGUCUGUGGACGUGGUGGUGUGCACUCUGGUGCUGUGCUCCGUGAAGAACCCGGGCCAGGUGCUGCAGGAGGCCAAGAGGAUCCUCAGAGAGGGUGGAGCGUUUUUCUUCAUGGAGCAUGUGGUGGCUGAUGAAUCUAGCUGGACCCACUUUCUUCAGCAUGUUCUUCAGCCUUUCUGGUACUAUUUCGGUGACGGCUGUGAGUUGACCCGCGCGACCUGGCAGCACGUGGAACAAGCCGGGUUCUCCGAGGUGCAGCUCCGUCACAUCCAGGCUCCGAUUGCUUCCGUCAUUAAGCCACACAUCGUCGGUUACGCCGUGAAAUAAACACACACACACACACACACACUUGAUAUUAAUGCUGCAGUGUGUAUUGUUAAGCUUUUAAACAAUCAAAUCAUUUAAAAUUCACGUUAAAAACUGUGAACCACAAUAUAGCAAUUGAUGGCUUCUUGGCUUCAUGGAACAGCUCAGGCUCCGCCCAUUUUUUUAUUAUUUUUUUUUGAUGUUUGAUCAGUGGGUGGAGUCAGUUCCAACAGUUAUGACGCAGUAGUAUUUCAGAUUUAUUUUCUCUACUUUCUUUAAUCUGCACUUUACAAGUAAUUUUUAUAUUAAUAAAAAAAUUUGAGAAAAUA